AUGAAACUCCGGGAGGCAGAGUGCCAUCGGGAAAAAGCGGAAUUGUUUGAACGUGAGCAGCACCUGCGCGGGUACAUCGACCAACUCCACAUAGAAAAAGAAGAAAUGAUUCGGUCACACACUCUAGAAACCGGUGAACUUCGCAAGAAAAACGCAAUUCUUCGAGAACACCUGGAGAAAGCAGAGCUUAAUGCCCAACCAGCCCCGAACUCAACAUUCCGCAACGACUUCUCCGACUAUGAGAACAUCACAAUGGAGAAUGCUCAUUGGGAUGACUUCUCGAUGGUGAACGAGUUCUCGCUUGGUACCGAAAACCAUGGCCUCAUUAGUACACCUACACCUGUGUCUGACAACUCGAUACUUGUGAAUUCUAAAAAGGCCGAGAAAUCCUCGGAUAAGCCCCCAGGCCAUACCGAUUCCUCGCCCUUCAGCUGGAACACAUUUUACAUGUGUUUGCUUUUUGGUGCAUUUAUUGCAUCGAACAGCAGCACAGUCUCCCCUGCCAUUCCACCUCUAUCAGAGGAAUACCGUGUGGAAUCGGCAAAUGUCUUGAGGGCUGUCCUCGCAUCUGCUGAUUCGACCGAUGCUGCUAAUUCCCUCAAUUCUGGGGCUAUUCCAGGCCCGUCCACUUCUGCCACUAUCAACCUUCCCACCACCAUUUCAGGUGCUGAAAUGGCACAGAUCACUUCCGGCGGAGUAUCCUCUACAACAAAUCUCGAUGAUUUGCAUGCGCGAGUCAUUCGUGUCAGCCCUACUAAGCAGCAAGAGGAAGAACAGAUAUACCUCUAUGUGAUGGGUCCUGAAAGCUAUUCCUUGCUCUGUCCUCCCCCAUUACAAACAAUAGCGACGGACUUAUCCAAAACGGGCAAAAAAGGUUGGGAAAGCGCGCAUAUUUCGAAACAAAUCUUUCAACUUCUCUUCUCGGAAACCAGACCUACAGCACUAGAUGCGACCGCAAGGGAAGAAUUCAGGGGCGACUCAGCUUUUUUUUAA